GAAAGCUGCGCUACGCCAACAACAGCAACUACAAGAACGAUGUGAUGAUCCGAAAGGAGGCUUAUGUGCACAAAAGUGUGAUGGAAGAGCUGAAGAGAAUAAUCGACGACAGUGAAAUCACAAAAGAAGAUGAUGCUCUGUGGCCUCCUCCUGACAGAGUGGGCAGACAGGAACUUGAGAUAGUAAUUGGUGAUGAACACAUCUCCUUUACCACGUCAAAAAUCGGCUCCCUCAUUGAUGUAAAUCAGUCCAAAGAUCCAGAAGGCUUGAGAGUAUUCUAUUACCUGGUCCAGGACCUUAAAUGUCUUGUCUUCAGUCUUAUUGGACUCCACUUCAAGAUUAAGCCAAUUUAAGUCACACAAACUGAAGUUUGUAUUGCAAUGUCAGCAGUAAGGAUGGGAAAGGAAGAUCCUGUUCCAGUUCAUCAUUAUUUCUGAAAUUUUUUUGUACUUUAGAUUAUUUUUUUGAUUGUUAUUUUGUUGUUGUUACACAAACUACUGUCAGUGACUCAAUAAAUGGGUAAGAUUUGUGUUUUUAAUUUUUAA